UUUACCCAUAGUUGGUUACCCCGUUUCUUUCUUCUGUCUGUUUAGCUUGUCCAAGAUGUCGUUAAUGGAUGGAGCGUUGAACGUGUUCGGUACGAGAACGACUGGCGAGUCCGUUCGUUCACAAAAUGUCUUGGCUGCUUCAUCUAUUGCCAACAUCGUCAAGAGCUCCCUUGGACCCGUUGGGUUGGAUAAAAUGUUGGUUGAUGACAUUGGGGAUGUGACCAUCACCAACGACGGAGCAACCAUCCUGAAGCUGCUGGAGGUGGAGCACCCUGCAGCCAAGGUUCUGUGUGAACUGGCUGAGCUGCAGGACAAAGAGGUUGGGGAUGGGACCACCUCAGUGGUGAUCAUUGCAGCUGAGUUGCUGAAGAGCGCAGAUGAAUUGGUGAAGCAGAAGAUCCACCCCACAUCAGUCAUCAGUGGAUACCGUCUUGCCUGCAAGGAGGCAGUGCGCUACAUCAAUGAGAAUCUGACCAUCGCAACAGAUGACCUGGGCAAGGAGUGCCUAGUCAAUGCAGCAAAGACCUCCAUGUCCUCCAAGAUUAUUGGAGUUGAUGCAGACUUCUUUGCCAACAUGGUGGUGGAUGCUGCUCUGGCAGUGAAGUUUGUGGAUAAUAAGGGUGUAGCCAGGUUUCCCAUCAACUCCGUCAAUGUGCUAAAAGCCCACGGGCGCAGUCAGAAGGAAAGCUAUCUAGUCAACGGAUACGCUCUCAACUGCACAGUAGGGUCUCAAGGCAUGGUGAAGCGUCUGGUCAACGCCAAGGUGGCCUGUCUGGACUUCAGCCUGCAAAAGACCAAAAUGAAGAUGGGAGUCCAGGUUCUCAUCAACGACCCAGAGAAGCUAGACCAGAUCAGACAGAGGGAGUCUGACAUCACCAAGGAGAGGAUCCAGAAGAUUUUGGCGUCGGGUGCUAAUGUCAUUCUGACCACUGGGGGUAUCGAUGACAUGUGUCUCAAGUACUUUGUGGAUGUGGGAGCCAUGGCUAUUAGGAGGGUCCUCAAGCGGGAUCUCAAACGCAUUGCCAAAGCAACUGGAGCCACCAUAUGUCCAUCCCUGUCUAACCUGGAGGGAGAAGAGACAUUUGAAGUGACCAUGUUGGGCCAGUGUGAGGAGGUGGUGCAGGAGCGAGUAUGUGACGAUGAACUCAUCCUGAUCAAAAACCCCAAGGCCCGGACCUGCGCCUCAAUCAUCCUGCGUGGGGCCAAUGACUUCAUGUGUGAUGAAAUGGAGCGCUCCCUGCAUGAUGCGCUGUGCGUGGUCAAGAGGGUGUUGGAGUCAAAGUCGGUUGUACCAGGUGGUGGUGCUGUGGAAGCAGCCUUGUCCAUCUACCUGGAGAACUAUGCCACUAGCAUGGGUUCCCGUGAGCAGCUAGCCAUAGCAGAGUUUGCCCGCUCCCUGUUGGUCAUCCCCAAGACACUGGCUGUAAACGCAGCUCAGGAUUCCACUGACCUGGUUGCCAAGCUCCGGGCCUUUCACAAUGAGGCCCAGGUCAACCCUGAUCGCAAGAACCUGAAAUGGAUUGGUCUGGACCUGUUGAACGGUAAACCCCGGGACAACAAGCAGGCGGGGGUUUAUGAACCCACCAUGGUGAAGACCAAGAGCCUCAAGUUCGCCACGGAGGCCGCCAUCACCAUCCUCCGUAUCGAUGACCUCAUUAAGUUGUUCCCAGACCAGAAGGAAGGUGGACCUUCUUACCAGGAUGCCGUAGCAUCAGGACAGAUGGAUGGAUAAAUGUUCUGAAUCCAAUACCCGGAUUACUUGGGUUUUUGGAUCCACACUGUGAUUCUGGUCCCCUUGGCUGCCCGUGUCUAUACAUAAUAGCUCUUGGCUGUUCCAUCAGUCUGUAGUAGGCCAUGCACUUCGCUUGUUUACUUUUCCUGUGGUCACAAUAGGGUAGCCUGCAACAUGUAGGAAUAAACCUGAUUGUUGUGAAUGACUGCUUUAAUCUGGUCUGUAUUUUUGUUGCACCUUUCAACAAUGUAUUGUCAUUGCAAAUUAAUAAAUUAUACACCAUUUUGAGAAAGUACAA